UAGUGAAUAAUAAAAUGGAACAAAAUGUAAUAAUUACAAAUUCAAAUGAUGAAAAUGAACAAAUGAGGAGAAAGGAAAUAGGAGUUUGGUUCAAUGAUCGAAGUAUACAUAUGAACCAAAGUCAAAUAUUAUCCCAUCAGUUAUCAUACCAUAAACAUCAAAACAAUAUAUGUCCAAUAAGUUCUUUGGAUAAUGCAUCCACAAAUAUCCAAUGGUGGAAAGAUACAGCUAUCACGGAUUUAAUAAUAGAGCCUGAGUAUCAAUAUGAAGCAGUUCCUUCAACAAAGGAUUCUGUAACAAAUCAAUCAAUAAAUGCUCAAUUAUCCAAUUCAUUAGAAGAAGUAGAAUUAAAUGUUAAAAAAGAUGCAAAAUCUAAGCAAUUGAAAAAGUCAAAAACUAUAAAAGAAUAUAGAGAACCCCUGAAGCGUACAAAACAUCCAGAAUUAUGGAAAGUAAAUAUUAAAAAAAAUGCUAGACUAAGGGGUGAAGAGUAUAUUGGAGUUGGAGGAAAAAUAGUACCAGCAAAAACUAUGGGUCCUCCUUGCAAAUGCCGCAUGCAUUGCACUGAAAAAAUAAAUGAAACUAGUCGGAAAGAACUUCAUAAUGUUUUUUGGAAAACAUGUAAUUGGGAACAGCGAAAACAAAAUAUCGCGUUAUCGGUUAAGGAAUCUCCGAAACAACGUACUCGAUGUCGGGAAAACAUUAAAUCGAAACAUCGUAGACAAGUUACCUUUACUUAUUCACUUUUAUUGAAUGGAGAAUUUAUUACAGUAUGCAAAUGCAUGUUUCUUAGCACAUAUGCAUUAUCUGAAAAAUUUGUCCGCCAUGUUAUGGGUAAAAAAAGAAUGUCUCCAGAAGGAGUAAUAGAACCAGACCAAAGAGGAAAGCAUACACCAAAAACAAAGAAAAGUGAAAGGGUUAAGGAUAGGGUACGUGAACAUAUCAAAUCGUUCCCGAUACAAAUAUCAACAGAUCCUACGGAUUGUACAGGGAAAAAAUAUCUAGACUCUAGAUUAAGUAUAGCUGCUAUGCAUAAACUUUAUGUAUCAAAAUGUAAAGAAGACGGUAUUUCAGAAAGUGAUAUAGUUAAAGAGAGUUACUAUAGAGAAAUAUUUAAGUCAGAGUUUAAUCUUGGUUUUAAACAAACAAAAUUUAAGGAGAACAACUGA